AUGGACUUCAAAGCCACCCCCCUCUAUGGCGGCGCAAUAACCGUCGAUCUACCCUCCAACUACUCCGACGCCUCCCUAAUCCGCCAAAUCCCCUCACACCAAGAAGUCUAUCUCCAUAACACGGGCUACACCAGCAUUGUCCUCGAAAUCCUCGAGUAUGUCGACAAGCCAUCUGACGAGGAAGCCCUGCAGUACCAUUUUGCCGAUUUGGUAGAUGGCACGGGGGAUGCUACGACGAUGGUUGCACAGGCUAAAGGCGAGAUGAAGAAUUUACCACAAACACCAAUCCUAACCCUAACCUUUAUCCAAACUCCCCCUUCUCCCGCUGCAGGAGCACCACCAGCCCGCAAAACACCAGAAUACACUUUCAUCCAGCUUAUCCUUGUGCGACUCAAGGAACAAGCUACUGACAUCAUGAUAACAAUAAACUCGCCUCACUACCCAGGCGAAUACUCGCCUGCUGCUUCGCCAAGCAGCGAAACCCAGCUUAUGACGCAAGCAAAGCGGAUCAAAGAGAAGGUGCUGGACAGUUUUGCAAUCAAGGACUGGGGCUUGUUCGAGGGUGAGGAUUAGUGAACUCAUGUGGGAGGCAUGCAUGGAUCGAGCUUGCCGAUGGUGUAUGGGGGAGAAAUGAAAAAGGGAAAAAAAGGUAAAGAUGAAGAAAAAAAAGAAGUCAUGGGCAUACGCGGGGGUUUUAGAUAGCUUGAAUUGAAUCCAAGGAAUAAAAAUAAAAGCCAUUAACUAU